UUCAUUUCUAAAAGGUAAAAAAAAAAAGUGUCCAAAAUCCUUUUUAAAAUGUCCAAAAAAGGGUCAAAAUACUUUAAAAGUUGUGUAAAAUUAUUCAGAAAAAUGUCCAAAGUGUCAGAAAUGACUUCAUCACAGUGUUUUUUCCUGUAAGCUCGGACUAGCUGACAUUAUGACGGUUAAUUUUCCACUUCUGUCUCUGCAGCAGCUGAAUAUUAAACGGGCUGAUUGUUUAAACGUGAAUGAAUAUUAACUGUCCUGUUGUGGUCCUCUGCAGGUUCUGGACGCUAACCGGUGCUUCGAGCAGCAGCGUUCGUCAGCCUUGUCUCUGCAGCUGGCCUCAUACUAUUACUCCCUGCAGAUCUACUCCCGCCUGCUGCCCUGCUUCAAGGACAAGAACCACACUCUGUACCAGGCCGACCCCAAGGAGCUGAUCAGAUUGGUCACUCAGCAUGUCUCCUCCAGCUCCGAUUGGCCGGAGGAGCUGCAGAAGCUGAUUGGUCAGCUGCAGGUCUACAACGAGCGUCUGACGGACUUCACCCAGGCUCAGGUCCUCCAAGGUCUGGGACGAGGAGUCGACGUCCACAGAUUCAGUUCCGACGGACAAUACAAGAAGGAGACCAUCCUGGGGCUGACAGAGACCCUGGAUGACGGCGUUUACCGGAUUGCCGUGUCUCUAGCGAAGCGUUACCACGUUCCUCUGUGGGAAGUUUACAUGACUCACCUGGAGUUCCUGUUUACAGACAGCGGUCUGUCCACUAAAGACAUAGAAACCAGGAGUGAGUCUCUGGGUCUGUUUGAGACGCUGAAGGUCGACCCUCAGUCCUUCUACAGCCACAUGACCAAAUAUGUCCUUCCUACGGUGGCAGGAAGUGACCUGAGCCGGCUGCUGUACUACUACUCCCUGCUGGACGCCGCCGGCUGCGAGCCGUUCAUCAGCGCCGCCGUCAAACCCGAAUCCCACAUCAAGCUGCUGAAGAAGCUGAAAGCCGUCGCCAGCGGUUUGGACUACAGGAAGUUGACCGACGAGACCUCUGACCCUCUCGCCACCCUGCAGCCGGUCCUGACCAGUCAAAACGUCCUGUCCAUCUCCAAGCUGGCCAAUCGGCUGCCUCGGCCCGGCGGGGGCGGAGCCACGCUUUCCUCUAGUUCGGUUCACGCCGUCUGGCUGCAGAAGCUCUUCUGGAAAGGAGACCCUCAGCUGCUGAAGAGACCGCCACAGAGUGACCACGACUUCCUGCACGCCUACGACACCUGUGCCAAAUACCUGGACAGGCUACUUCCUGUCGAUGCCAUCCACUUCCUGGACAGCAUCACCUUCUCACCUGAGGCCGCCGAGCAGCUGAGCGUCCAGACGAGGUCGGAGGUGAUAAAACGAGCCACCAAAGCCCUGAGGCAGCUGGCCGAGAAGAAACCGGAGGAGGGGAGGUGGACCAGGACGGUUUCUGACCCGGCAGGGGAUGACGUUCGACGAGGCUCUGACUCACCUUGCAGCAGUCCCAGACUCACCUGGAGA